AUGGAACCAGAAGCAAAGAUAUCUCAGCCAGAGGAGGGCGACAACAAGCCAAAGACUUCUGAAAAAUCAACAAUUUCUAGCCUUCUAUUCAAAUCUCUCGAAACCAUUGUGCUUGCCGAGAUCACAAAUACCCAAGACCACAGGGAGGCCACCGAGUCCAACAGCACCGUUGCUCAAAGCCCUACGAAGGACACAAGCCCGGUUGACGCUGAUUCUGAUGACGGUGGCAUUUCCAUUAGAAGUACGAAUCCAGGCCCCUCUACCAGAGACGAAAACGCGCCUGCUCCGAUGGCUUCCCAAGAAAGUUCAUUUGAAAACGAGGCAGCAAUGAGCUCUGGAGGUGAAACCACACUGACAGAGCUCUCACUCAGCACUGGAGACCUGAAGCGUGAGGCAGACGACGAACAGGUCGAGCCGUUCCCCGACUAUUACGAGUCAUGCGAGAAUAACGUGCAGCUGAUGGACAAGGAACACGAGGCCGCAUAUAACUAUGCCAUCUCCAAGGUUGCCGAAGAGGUCAUCCGCUUCAGGGACAUCGAUAGUAGGGUCGCCUCGUUCCCGGAUUUCCCGCCCCAGACGGCUGAUCCAGCUCUCUCCGAGACCCCCCAGACGCUCACUGUAAAGAAGGAAGCCGUUCUGCAGCCUGAAAUGGGCGAGAAGUCCCCAGGGGCCGAUGCCACCGAAACUGCGACGACACGUGGAAGCCAAAAUCAGACUCCUUCCCCGGAUAUUGAGGAGGAAAUCGAUUCUCCAUCCUGGCUAUACAAUAGCAUCCGAGCCUCCCAUCUCCAUGUGUUGCUUGACGAAGUGCGCUUCCUUCUCGCUAAUCCUCGUCUGAAGCUGCCCAUAAGAAGACGGUUCACUGCCAUGACAAACAUGGUAAUCCGGAUGAACUAUAUCAUCUUCCAGCAGGAGACACGGGUGCCGAUCCGGUUCUUCCUGGCUGAAGAGAAGGACUUGAGUGAGAUCAAAAUCCUCGCUACCGAAAUCAUUAAGUACCUUGCCAUCAUCGAUCUGCAGCUCCAGGAGCAGGUUGACGUUGCAGUUCGGGUAAGAUAUAUCUUGUCCGAAAUCGAAAAGGAUAACGACAUUUCGGCUUAUACUCGCUAUCAGCGUAUGGCGCAAGUGGUUAUGAUACACCUCAAAAAACCCCGUCCCCUUGAACGACGCCUGUUAUCCGUCUUCCUGGAACUCUACGACGAAUACGUGUACACUGGUUUCCUCCGCACAAGCAAUCGACAGCUCGUCCUUGAAGAUGAAGAGGUCAAUGUCGACCGAUCAGAGGUCUCACGCCUUCUCAUCGCGCUAUGGGACAUCCUGAACCGCGUAAUUGAGAAUUACGAGCUGUACGUCAAAUCGAUGAAGGAGAUGAAGGCGCAAUUUUUUGCCCCCGCCUUGGACACACUGCAGAAUUCGCCGGAGAUCUGGGAGGAGUCUUGGGAUAAGCAUCAGGUUAUGAUUCAGAUGGCGGACAGAGAAAGAGAUGCAGAAGAGCAGCCAGAAGAGGAGAAGUAGGAAGGCAAAAUGUGUAAAUUACGAACUGAUCUGACGAUGUCAC